CCCUACCCCCACCAACGCCCUCUGCUGUGGCUGAGGUGCGGCGACAUGCUCGACAUCUUCCGGGGACUCAAGAACCUCAUCAAAGUGAGCCACAUCCACAUCGACGCGCCCGUCUUCCGCUUGCACUACAGCAUCACCGUCAUGAUCCUCGUCGCGUUCAGCCUCAUCGUCACCACGCGCCAGUACGUGGGCAACCCCAUCGACUGCGUGCACACCAAGGACAUUCCAGAGGACGUCCUCAACACGUACUGUUGGAUCCACUCCACCUACACCAUCAGCACGUCCUUCAAGAAGAAGCUGGGCGAGGAGGUGCCCUACCCCGGCGUGGACAUGUCGGCCCGCGGGGAGGGCCGUGAGGGCAAGGACCGGAAGUACUACGGCUACUACCAGUGGGUGUGCUUCUGCCUGUUCUUCCAGGCCAUCCUCUUCUACACGCCGCGGUGGCUGUGGAAGAACUGGGAGGGCGGCAAGAUCCACGCGCUCAUGAUGGACCUGGACGUGGGCAUCUGCUCCGAGGUGGAGAAGAAGCAGAAGAAGAAGCUGCUGCUGGACUACCUGUGGGAGAACCUGCGCUACCACAACUGGUGGGCGUACCGGUACUACCUCUGCGAGCUGCUCGCCUUCGGCAACGUGGUCGGCCAGAUGUUCCUCAUGGACAAGUUCUUCGACGGCGCCUUCCUGCGCUUCGGCAUCGAGGUCAUCGAGUUCAUGGAGAGCGACGAGGAGACGCGCAUCGACCCGCUGGUCUUCGUCUUCCCCCGCAUGACCAAGUGCACCUUCCACAAGUUCGGCGUGUCCGGCGAGGUGGAGCGCCACGACGCCGUCUGCAUCCUGCCGCUCAACGUGGUCAACGAGAAGAUCUACGUGUUCCUGUGGUUCUGGUUCCUCAUCCUGGGCGCCCUCAGCUUCCUCACGGUGCUCUACCGGCUGCUCAUCAUCUCCAGCCCCAGGAUACGGGUGUACCUGCUGCGGAUGCGCUACCGCCUCAUCAACCGGGACGACAUCGACGCCAUCGUGCGCCGCUCCAAGAUGGGCGACUGGUUCCUCCUCUACAUGCUGGGCGAGAACGUGGACUCGGUCAUCUUCCGGGACGUGAUGCACGAGCUGGCGCAGCGGCUGGGCCACCACCACCAGCACCACCACCACCACAACCCCCUGGGCCGCCAUCACAACAGCAACCUCAUGGAGACGGCAUAGCGAACGGCCCCGCGCUCCGCGUGGCGCUUGGACCGCAGCCCCAUCCAGCAGAAGGACGACUCCUGUCCUUGCUGAAGGGGGCCGUGUCCAAGCGACGCGCUGGAGCCCCGCGGGGCCCUUCCACACCAUGGUGCACUUCAACGACGAGGCGUCAUCACGACGUCACCAAGACGCCGCCAGGACGUCACCAAGAGGCCACGGCGUCACCAGGACGCCACCAAAGACGGCAGCAAGAUGCCGCUUGGACGUCACCAAGAGGCCACGGCGUCACCAGGACGCCACCAAAGACGGCAGCAAGAUGCCGCUUGGACGUCACCAAGAGGCCACGGCGUCACCAGGACGCCACCAAAGACGGCAGCAAGAUGCCGCUUGGACGUCACCAAGAGGCCACGGCGUCACCAUGACGUCACCAAGACGCCGGCCCGUUCCCACCCCACGGUUCCCUCCUACCCUGGAGGGCGAAAGUGGACGUAGUGCGAGAAUCUCCUCAGAGUCGUCAAAUGCGGCCGCAACGAGGUGCGAACCAGGCGCCGUCGUCGGGCAGGGCCGAGUCGAGCAGCGGUUGCUAGUGAGAGGACACAUUAACUGGUGCUCGGUGCUCACAGUGUUGGGGAAAGUGCUUGCUGAAGACUUCCACGCUGUCGCCCACAACCCGCAGCCACGCCGUCGGAGCCCGACGAAUUGCUGCUUCAUUCAACCGGUUCUUACCACUUUUAUUCCAAUGAUACAAAACGCGGACCGUGCCGCGCACAGUGGGGCCAGGCCCAGGCCCAUACAAAGACAUUUAUUCGGUUAGAUUGUUCCUAGUAUUGUUCCAAGGACCAAUAAGUAGUUGCUAAGGUGUCCGGCCGGCGGCAGCCCUCUCAGCCGUUGCCGGCAUGGCAUUUCGAAGGCGCGCAUUUGUACAGUAUUGCGUGCUUCUAUGUGGUUAAGUUUUGUGUGAAUGUGAGUGAGUGUAUGAGGGGGGAGGGGGUGGGGGGCGCUGUCAGUCUCGUGGGGUUGAAACCAAGCUGCGGGCCGACAUAGGAGUCAGUUGGCGGUUGCGCCGAGAUGGCCAAGAUCGAUGCAGUCAGUGAGAGUGCUGUCGAUAGAGAUUCCGUUUCAGCGGCAGAGAUGUAUGUUAAUUAACGGGGAGUCUAAACGAUUGGCCGGAAUCGAGGGGGACUGGCUGGCCGCUACUGGCCGCUAGCCAAUGGAGUGCCUGGGCCUCCCGUUCGGCGGGCCAUUUGAAACGGGGGCGUGUGAUUGGCCAUGAUUGGUUGGCGCGGGGCGCCAGGCUCCAGCUCGAGACAGAGAGAGGGGAGGCCAUCCUGCCCGUUAGGGGGCGUCAUACUCAGGCGACCUUCGAUUUCGGCUUGCGGGUGUGACUCAAAAGUUUCGUUUUUUAGUGCUGAGUUCAGAUUCGUGUCGGGUUUUGCGAUCGGACUGCGUCUUGAUCACCCUACCCGACGAUUUAUGUCAAAAAGCGGCGAAAAUUCGUUUUUUCCCAUUGUUUUGCCCCCUUGAGUUCGGGGUGGCGGUUUCUCGACUGGAUUGCCUUCACUCACUCUAGACACGACUUUUCCAACCACCAGAGCCCAUGUGAGCCACCCCAUUUGGAGCCUAGGCCUCAAAACAUGCCAAAAUUUG